UGUUUUCCGACGCUCCUGGAUGAGAAGGAGUCACUCCAUGUCGACAAGACGCGCUCUUCCGACUGAAACGAGGACUUUUAUUUCCGUCCCAGCAGUCUGAGCCCUAACAGCGCGAGGACAAACUUCUGGCUGAGGUGACGUCACCCAGCGGAGGAGGCAGGACAGAUGCGCCGAACUCAGGAAUGGCUACAGAAGUAUGGCUACCUUCACCACACAGAACCAGGAAUGUCCGUCCUACGCUCGACAAAAAGCAUGCACUCAGCCAUCGCUGCCAUGCAGCGCAUCUACGGUCUCAAUGUCACCGGGACACUGGAUAAGACCACCAAAGAUUGGAUGGAGAGACCACGCUGCGGAGUUCCUGACAAGUUAAAAAGCGUCACAAGGUCACGGAGGCGGAGAUUCGCGCUGACAGGACAGAAGUGGCAACGCACACACAUAACCUACAGCAUCAAAAAUAUCACACCAAAGGUGGGCUCCCGAGAGACUCACGAUGCCAUUCGACGUGCGUUUGACGUGUGGCAGGGUGUGACUCCUCUGCGCUUCGAGGCCGUUCCGUUCAGCGCCCUGGAGACCGGCAGACGUGACGUGGACAUCACCAUCAUCUUCGCUUCGGGCUUUCACGGCGACAGCUCACCUUUCGACGGGGAGGGCGGUUUUCUCGCUCACGCUUACUUCCCAGGCCCGGGCAUAGGAGGGGACACGCACUUCGACUCAGAUGAGCCGUGGACCCUGGGGAACCCCAACCACGAUGGCAACGACCUGUUCCUGGUUGCAGUCCAUGAGCUGGGCCACGCCCUCGGGCUGGAGCACUCCAGCGACCCGACAGCCAUCAUGGCUCCUUUCUAUCAGUACAUGGACACGGAGAACUUCAAACUACCUCACGAUGAUCUGCAGGGCAUCCAGAAAAUCUAUGGACCACCAGAUAAAGCUCCACAGCCCACGAGACCGCCUCCCACGGCUCCUCCUCCUCGCUUUCACCCUCCCUCAGAUCCCCGAAAACAGGAUCGCCACGCCAGACCCCACCGCCCUCCACAGGGGGCCAAACCGUCCAACCCCAACGCUAAACCUAACAUCUGUGAUGGAGGCUUCAACACUCUGGCCAUCCUCCGACAGGAGCUGUUUGUCUUCAAGGACCAGUGGUUCUGGAGGGUCCGGGACAACUCGGUGGUUCCAGGGUAUCCCAUGCAGAUCAACUUCUUCUGGAAAGGCCUGCCUGCUAAAAUCGACGCCGUGUACGAAAACAGCGAAGGAAAGUUUGUUUUUUUUAAAGGAAACCGUUUCUGGGUGUUCAAAGAUACCACUCUGCAGCCUUCGUACCCUCAGGACAUCUCUCUGUUCGGGAGCGGCAUGCAAACAGAGAGUAUCGAGACAGCUGUCUGGUGGGAAGAUGUCGCCAAGACCUACUUCUUCAAAGGAGACAGAUACUGGCGGUAUAACGAGGACAUGAGGACGAUGGACCCAGGUUACCCCAAGUCCAUCACUGUCUGGAAGGGCAUCCCUGACUCACCACAGGGGGCGUUCGUGGACAAGACCAAUGGUAUGACGAAUGCCAAAGGACUUGAUGGCUUUACCUACUUCUACAAGGGGAAAGAGUACUGGAAGUUCAACAACCAGCUGCUUCGUGUGGAGCCUGGCUACCCCAGGUCCAUUCUGAGGGACUUCAUGGGCUGUGACGGCCUGCCGGCCGACCCCGACUGGGACUGGAGUCUCCCGGUGGCAGAGGAGCGCCACUACGACACCGGCGACGUGGACGUCGUCAUGAAACCGGACAGCGCGGGGGGCACGGAGAAAGCCGUGGCCAUCGCCAUCCCCUGCGUUCUGGCGCUGUGCAUGAUGGUCCUCCUCUACACCGUUUUCCAGUUCAGGAGGAAGAGCACGCAACGGCACAUACUGUACUGCAAGCGCUCCAUGCAGGAGUGGGUCUGAGGGACUGUUAUUGCACUGUACAGCAGGGACCGGGGGUUCGGGGGAGUGGUGGAACUCUGAUAAAGAUCUAGUUGUUGCUUGAAGCCCUAUAAUUUAAAGCACUAUAGAGAACAUGAAAUCUGCCCCUUUUUUCGGGCAGAUUUCUGAACUGCUGGAAUAUGUUAACAUGCAAACUGCAAGGAAGGAGUCCUAACAGCAGAACUCAACAAAGACAGUGGCAGAGCUGCAUCUCCUUUGUCCAACGUAUAUGUAUGUAUCUGCUUUGAGUUUUUUUUUUUCUGUAUCUUGGAAUGAACUCAAUUAAAUGAGACAGAAUUAAGCCACUGUAA